UUUACAACCCGUUGGUCGCUUCCUGCUCCAAGCGUCAGCAGGGUUAUAUAAAUCAUUCACGAGACUGCAGAGCUCUGUCGCUCGAGGAUCUCCCCCACUGAAGACAGCCAAGAUGAUAGUCACAGACAUGACGUUCAAGGAGGGCCAGGAGUUCAAGAUCCGAGUCAAGCCCUCAGAAGACUGCAGCACCUUUUCCAUCAACGUCGGUCACGAUGCUGACAACAUCGCCAUGCACUUCAACCCUCGUUUCGAUUCAGGCGGCGACUCCAGCGUCAUCGUCUUCAACUCCAAGUCCGGGGGAAGCUGGGGUGACGAGCAACGAGACGACCACUUCCCCUUCGUGCGCGGGGAGGAGUGCAAGUUUUAUCUCAACCUCAGCAUGGAGAGCUUUUACAUCAAGCUCCCUGAUGGCACCAUGGUCGACUUCCCCAACCGCCUUGGUGACAUCAAGUACAAGUACUUCAGCAUCGGCGGUGACGCCAGGAUCGUCGGCAUCAAGAUCAAGUAGAGGAUGAACUCUUCACCUGUCCACCUCAAUGUUUGUUGCUGAUGUAGUCUGUUUUACAAUACCAAGCCCAGAUUUGAAGAAGACUGCAGAAACUCACACUACCAUGGAGUGUCAUGUUGUAAUGCUAGCAGAUGGCCUAAAGAUGGAGCCAAAGCACAUCUUACCUCAGUGUUUCUGCUGUGUCUCUCAUUGGGCCUUGGGUUUGUUAAUAAAUACUGUGAAAGAAGA